GAAUAAUUCAGCACCGGGAGCGGGGGAAGCUCCGCACCGGCCCCGUCCCGGUGAUUUUCCCGAUAUUCCCGAAGCUCCGCAAUAAUCCCGGGCGAGCUGAGAAGGUCAGGCCGGGGCUGCCGGGAUCCUCCUUCCCGGCGGCCGCUCGCUCAUCCCUAUUUUUAGAGCCCUGAGAGGAUCAGCGGGAAUCAAGGGAUCCGUGGCCUCCGCUGGCCCCGGGCCCGCCGGCAUCGGGAGCGGGACGGUCCCGGAGAGCCCGGCCCGGAGCGUCCGAGGAUUUUGGGAAAUAAAUCCUCAUUUCCCAGGAACUGUGGACUCAGCUCGUAUCCGCCACCACCCCCGAUGGAAUUCCAUCCUGGAAAAGCCGGCCUGCUCUCCCUCCUCCUCCUGGCCGCUCUCAGCCGCCCAUCCCUGGAGAAAUCCCUCCCCGCCGGCUACCGGGAGCACGAGGAUCCCCGGGAAUCUCCGGGAUUGAUCCGGUGCGGCGAGUACAGCAACCAGGUGCUGCCGGACGGGCGGUGCCGCAUCGUGGCCACGCUGCCGCAGGGCGACGAGCGGCGCUGCCCGGACCUGUUCCGCUGCACCGACGAGGUCUCCUACUGGCUCCACGAGAACGAGGAGCGCAAGCAGCAGAUCCUGGAGCUCCGCGAGCUGAUCUCCGAGCUCCAGGAGGAGCUCCGCAACCACCGGCACCGCCUCAAAGCCGUGGAGGUCACGCAGGAGGAGGCGGCAGGGCGGAACCAGAGCCUGAUCCAGAGGCUGCAGGACCUGGAGCAGCAUUCCCGGGAAUCCAGCACGCUGCAGCACAUCCAGGCCACGCUGCUCUACGACAUCCAGGCGCAGAUCAACAACAUCUCGGCGCUGGCCGACUGGGCCUGGCGGAACCCCGGCUGCCGGCACGGCGCCGACAUCCGCCUGCAGCAGGAGAUGGGGCAUCCGGAAAUCCAACAUGGCCGGAAUUGUCCCAUCGACUGCGCCUCCGUCUACUCCAACGGGCUCCGGAGAUCCGGGAUCUACAGCAUCCUGCCCUCGGUGCGCGGAAUUCCCAUCGAGGUCCUCUGCGAGAUGGACACGGAAGGGGGCGGCUGGACCGUCAUCCAGCGGCGCCAGGACGGAUCCGUGGAUUUCAACCGGACCUGGAACGAGUACAAAGAAGGAUUCGGGGACCUCAACGGGGAAUUCUGGCUGGGCAAUGACAACAUCCACAGGAUGACGAGCCAGGGGGAUUAUUCCCUACGGAUCGACCUGGAAGACUGGAAUAACAAACACAAGCACGCCUUCUACCAGGUCUUCAGCAUCGAGGACGAGGAGAAUUCCUACCGGCUGCACGUGGACGGGUUCAGCGGCACCGUGGAGGAUUCCUUCGCCUGGUACCACGACAAGAGGAGCUUCAGCACUCCGGAUUCCGGGAAUAUCUGCGCCGAGAUCUCCCACGGGGGCUGGUGGUACCACCAGUGCUUCUUCUCCAACCUCAACGGCGUCUACUACAAGGGCGGCCGCUAUUCCCUGAAGCACCGGAAGAUGCUGGGCCCGGACGGGAUCGUCUGGUAUUCCUGGAAGGACACGGAUUAUUAUUCCCUGAGGAAGGUGGUGAUGAUGAUCCGGCCCCGCGCAUUCCGGCCCCACCUCUCUCCCUGACCCGCCCCGGGGCCGUCCCCGCUUCCCAUCCCGCGGAAUUCCAGCUGGGAAUGGCGCCGGGAAAUGGAUUUGGGAUGGACCAAACUGGUGCUGUUGGGUUUGUGGGGAUGGAUCCAGCUGGGAUCCGACGGGGAAUUGAUCUGAGGGUUCCAACGUGGGAGAUCUCCUGGGAAUGUGGAAGGGAAUGGAUCGAACCGGGAUCCAGCUGGGAAUGGAUCCGAGUCCUCCAAUGUGGGAGAUCUCCUUGGAAUGUGGAGGUGAUUCCUGGGAAGGGAAUGGAUCGAACCGGGAUCCAGCUGGGAAUGGAUCCGAGUCCUCCAAUGUGGGAGAUCUCCUUGGAAUGUGGAGGUGAUUCCUGGGAAGGGAAUGGAUCCAAUGGGGAAUUGAUCUGAGUGCUCCAGUGUGGGAGAUCUCCUGGGAAUGUGGAAGGGAAUGGAUCGAACCGGGAUCCAGCUGGGAAUGGAUCCGAGUCCUCCAAUGUGGGAGAUCUCCUUGGAAUGAAGAAGGGAAUGGAUCUAACUGGGAUCCAACUGGGAAUGGAUCCGAGUCCUCCAAUGUGGGAGAUCUCCGGGAAUGUGGAGGUGAUUCCUGGGAAGGGAACGGAUCCAACCGGGAUCCAGCUGGGAAUGGAUCCGAGUCCUCCAAUGUGGGAGAUCUCCUUGGAAUGUGGAGGUGAUUCCUGGGAAGGGAAUGGAUCCAAUGGGGAAUUGAUCUGAGUGCUCCAGUGUGGGAGAUCUCCUGGGAAUGUGGAUGUGAUUCCUGGGAAGGGAAUGGAUCCAACUGGGAUCCAACUGGGAAUGGAUCCGAGUCCUCCAAUGUGGGAGAUCUCCUGGGAAUAUGGAGAUGGUUCCUGGGAAGGGAAUGGAUCCAACUGGGAUCAGUCCAAGUCCUUCAUUGUGGGAGAUCUCCUGGGAAUGUGGAAGGGAAUGGAUCUAACCGGGAUCCACCUGGGAAUGGAUCUGAGUCCUCCAGUGUGGGAGAUCUGGGAAUGAGGAAGGGAAUGGAUCCAAAUCUCUUGGGAAUGUGGAGGUGAUUCCUGGGAAGGGAAUGGAUCCAGCUGGGAUCCAGCUGGGAACUGAUCUGAGCCCUCCAUCGUGGGAGAUCUCCCGGGAAUGUGGAGGUAGAUCUCCUGGGAUGGGAAUGGAUCCAGCCAGGAUCCAACAGGGAAUUAUCUGAGUCUCCAAUGGGAGAGAACUCCCAGGAAUGUGGAGGUGAUUCCUGGGAAGGGAAUGGAUCCAACUGGGAAUGCAUACGAGUCCUCCAACGUGGGAGAUCUCCUGGGAAUGUGGAGGUGAUUCCUGGGAUGGGAAUGGAUCCAGCUGGGAUCCAACUGGGAAUUGAUCCAAGUGUUCCAACGUGGGAGAUCUCUUGGGAAUGUGGAGGUGGUUCUUGGGAAGGGAAUGGAUCCAAUGGGGAAUCGAUCCAAGUGCUCCAACGUGGGAGAUCUCCUGGGAAAGGGGAGGUGAUUCCUGGGAAGGGAAUGGAUCCAGGUGGGAUCCAAUUGGGAAUUGAUCCGAGUCCUCCAACGUGGGAGACCUCCUGGGAAUGUGGAGGUAGAUCCUGGGAUGGGAAUGGAUCCAUCCAGGAUCCAACAGGGAAUUAUCUCAGUCUCCAACGGGAGAGAUCUCCUGGGAAUGUGGAGGUGAUUCCUGGGAAGGGAAUGGAUCCAAUGGGGAAUUGAUCCAGGUCCUCCAACGUGGGAGAUUUCCUGGGAAUAUGGAGCUGAUUCCUGGGAAGGGAAUGGAUCCAACUGGGAUCCUGAUUUUCUGGGAAUGUGGAGGUGGUCCCUGGGAAGGGCAUUCCCAAGACUAAAUCCAGGUGUUUGUGUGCUGGGAAUCCACUCCAGGCUGAUCCAUGUGGAGUCCCAUGAAUGCCAACCCGAUGGAAUCUCCCAAGGGAAGCAAUGGAAGCGCUCCUGGGGGGGAUUUUCCAGGUGGGAUUUGAUGGAUCAGCUUUUCUUCCCGAGGAUUUGCAUCCCGCUUCCAAAGAUCCCAAAGAUCCACGACCUCAGGGAUGCACGGGAUCGGCUCUGAGGGAAUCCGGGAGAUCCAAGGCGCAUUCCCAGGGGUGGAAUCCCAGGAAAACGAGGAAGGAUUGUGUUCUGCACCCUUGGGAAUAAAAAUAUUCCAAACAAAAAACCAAAACUGGGAAUUUUUUCCAUUUUUCCUUCCGUUUUCACCUCCGACAAAGAAUUCCCGAUGGAUUUCCCAAUCCAGCCGAAAAAGGGAUCGGGAAUGAUCAGACGGGAUUUAAACCUCAUUUUUUUGACU